AUGUGGGCGGGUCUCAAAUCACGCUCGAUGAGGGUCUUGCUGUUGUUCGCAACUUCUGUUCUGGCUAUUGUCCCCCCAGCCGCUCCUUCCAACACUACACUCGCAUUCUUCACCAAUUCCACCUUCGCCAACAAACUUCAUUUCGAUGCCGCCACCGAGCCGUUUACAGCGGCCGACGACGACCGAUGGGCACUGGCUGUCGCCCGCGGUGCCAAGCUCCUCCAAGGCAUGAAAUCCAGCGACGCUGAAGCCGCGGCUCUCUACAACCUAGGCACCACUGCGGAAAGUCCAUUCGACGGUGACCUCGUCGCCAAGCUACGUGAAUGGGGCUAUAACGAUGCAAAUGAAGCUCUCGCCAAACAGGCAGACCCAGAAUGCGACUUCGACAGCUCUUCAACCCACCUGCUGAAGAGAGCCUUUAACGAUCUAGGCAUUGGAACCAAGAGCAUGCGCCAGGGUGGUCCAAACCAGUGUUUCAAAAUCGAGCAUUGCUACAGCCCAGCGGUGUUGAAGAUAGAUGGCGAGAUGCCCGCCAUAGAUCAUCAAAUAUACGAGGUGUGCGGCAAAUACUACCGCGUUACGAACGCAGGCUUCAACAUCGGCGUCAACUCACAAGCAGGCGCAAUAUACGCAAAUUCUCUUUACUCCGCCGCAAAAGGAGCAAGUGUGCUGUGGGACCGCGUUCCCCUUGCCGAUGAACUGCCUGCUAUACGCAGUGCCUCGGACAUGGCGUGGGCGUUCUGGAAUCGCGUUCAUACCAACAGGCGGAACUUUCAGAACAUCAGGUAUCUAUUCGUUAUGCUGAUCGUCAAUCCAGAGACAACUCGACACAUCGAGCGUGCGCUGGGUACGCUGUCGCCACCGAAAGAGGAUCCGGAGCGGUGGCCAGGACACGAUUUUAGCAUGGAAACGGACGCUGGAAAAGCUCUAUUGGGAAGUCCUGUUGGGAGAUGGGCUGGCUACUUUCUCAUGCAGCACAAGAGACGGUUGGGGGGUAACAAGUUCAUCUCCAAGGUGAGAGUGUUCAAGUCAGACGAAAAGGGUAACUGGCCCUAUCUCUUGUUUUAUGUUGCCGGUCCCACGGCAUCUGCAGCGAGCGAAGAGGAAAUUGCGGAGGGUGUUGAUGUAUACAAUGAGACCCGAGUAGUGCGAAGAAGUGAAGAUGGAAAACAAGUUGUUCGGGAGCAUGUUCUAAGGAUGACGCUGCCCAGGUAG